AAGGAACCAGCGCGUCUAGCUUGGACUGUUAGCUCGCUCUGUUGACAGUAAAGUAGAAAGGCGGUGGUGGUUUUCUUUUUUAUGUAUCGCGGUUAAAUGUUCCAGUGUUUUUAACGAAGCAGCGAUGUCUUCGCGUCAGUUUUUGAGAGGUUUGAUAAACGAGCGACUAACUGCUGCCGCUGAAGAAAUAUUCACACACGUAGAAAAUAUAAUCGUCCAGUACGAGAAAGAGGUGGAUCGUCAGCGAGAACUGUUGGAGGUCGUUUGUCAACCUCAAGUCAAGUUACAGCGGAUAGAGCUUCCACAGCAGCGCGUCUAUAAUGAGGAUGAGGAGGAGGUUCUCUCUGAGCAGCAACUCUGUAACCAGCAGAGGCACUCCAGGCUGGACCAAGAGGAACCAGAGUCUCUACAGAUUAAAGAGGAAGAGGAGGAAAUAUGCACCAGUCAGGAGCAGCUUGAACUGAAGCAGGAGGCUGAUACCAUAAUGUUGACUCCUGAUGAUGAAGAAAGUGAUCACACGGAACCAGAACCUCCUCCUAUAUUUAAGAGCCAAGAUCAGACAGGAAGUAAACAUUUAGAGAGAACCAUCGUCGGGUACGAGGAAGAGGUGGAAAGAGGUGUUUGGAAACCUGACGUGAAGUCACAACAGAUAGAACUUCCACAGCAGCAGGUCUUCAUAGAGGAGGAGGAGGAAGAAGAGGAGGUUCUCACUGAGCAGCAGCUCUGGAACCAGGAGAGGAACUCUGGUCUGGAGUGUCUACAGAUUAAAGAGGAAGAGGAGUCUGGAAGUUUUACAGAGUGUCCACCGUGUCUUGUCUGUAAGGAGGACGAGGUUCUCAAUGACCAGAAGCUCUGGAACCAGGAGAGAAACUCCAGUCUGGACCAAGAGGAACCACAGAUUGAAGAGGAACAGGAAUCAAGUGAAAGAUUUAAUGAAUCUAAUCAACAAAUACAAGGACAUGAUCAUCAUUUAAAAUCUCACAUGAGAAGUGAUACGAGCGAGGAGCCGUAUUCCUGUGGGAUAUGUGACAAAUAUUUUGUGAGCAGAAGCAAUUUGACAGUCCACAUCAGAACUCACUCGGAUGAGAAGACGCACGUUUGCAAAACCUGUAAGAAAGGUUUUGGAAAGAAAAGUAACCUGUUGGCGCACAUAAGAACUCACACAGGCGAGAAGCCAUAUAUUUGCAACACCUGUAACAAAGGUUUUGCGCAGCAAAGUACCUUGUUGACCCAUGUGAAUUCCCAUGUGGGUGUGAAGCCGUACUCCUGCGACACCUGUGGGAAAAGAUUCAUUCAUCACAAAAGUUUGAGGUAUCACAUGUCGGUUCACACGGGUGAAACUCCAUAUGUUUGCAACAUCUGUCACAAAGGUUUCGCUCAGCCAAGUAACUUGUUGAUCCACAUGAGAACCCACACAGGUGAGAAGCCAUAUUUCUGCGAUAUGUGCGGUAAACAUUUCGCUCACAGUCAUCACUUGAAAUAUCACAUGACAACUCACUCGGAUGACAAGCCCUUUAUCUGCAGCACCUGCAUGAAAGGUUUUACACAGGAAAGGGCCUUAUUGGCACACAUGACAACUCACACAGGUGAGAGGCAACAUGUUUGUGACGCGUGUGGUAAACGUUUUGCGCACAGUCAUCAUUUGAAAGAUCACAUGAGAACUCACACAGGUGAAAAGCCGCAUACUUGCAACACCUGCAAGAAAAGUUUUGCGCAAAAAAAUGCCUUGUCGGUCCACAUGAGAACUCACACAGGCGAGAAGCCCUACAUUUGCAAAACCUGUAACAAAGGUUUCACCCAGCAAGGCACUCUGAUGGUCCACAUGAGAACCCACAUGGGUGAGAACCCACACAUUUGCAACACCUGUACAAAAGUUUUUCCACAGCGAAGUGCCCUGUUGGUCCACAUGAGAACCCACACAGAUGAGAAGCCAUAUGUUUGUGACAUAUGUGGUAAACAUUUUGCGUACAGUCGUCGUUUGAAAGAUCACAUGAGAACUCACACGGGUGAGAAGCCAUAUGCUUGCGACGUGUGUGGUAAACGUUUUACACACAGUCACCAUUUGAAAGACCACAUGAGAACUCACACGGGUGAGAAACCGCAUACUUGCAACACAUGCAAGAAAUGUUUUGCUCAAAAAAAUGCCUUGUUGGUCCACAUGAGAACUCACACAGGCGAGAAGCCCUACGUUUGCAACACCUGUAACAAAGGUUUCACCCAGCAAGGGACCCUGGUGGUCCACAUGAGAACCCACACAGGUGAGAACCGGCACAUUUGCAACACCUGUAAGAAAGUUUUUGUAAGCAAAAGUAAGUUGUUGAUGCACAUGCAAAUUCACAGCAAUGAUGCUCCCACAACACCUGAUGAAGAGCAAGUAAUUAUCAUUCAAGUUUGAGAAUUCACAUGACCAGUGCUGUACCCAGUCAAUAUUUUGUGGGUUUUGGUGUGUGUGUUUUUGGUUUGUUGUGUGUUGCAUUUACUAUCCAAGUGUAGCUUUGUUCGUUUCGGUACUAUACGGUACGUAUUGUUCUGCUUUUCUAUUAUUUCUGUAUUCUAGCACCAAAAUAAUCAACCCCAACUCUUCCAUUUUUCAGUACCCUUCCACAGAGUAUUGGUACAGUACGGCAUGGGUGGAGGUAGACCCACGACUGUCAGCUGAUUGGGCGACAGAAAAGUGUCACUCCCUUGAGACUGGUGUUCCUUCAACACCCGCGGUCCAUUCUCAUACAAAGCUUCACAUCUUUUUAAGACAAACGGCCACAAACUGAGCAGAAAAAACAAGCUGCUUGACAUUCUAAACUGUUAUCGCAUUAGAUUUGAUUGAUUUGAUGGCUGAUGCGGUCAUUGGGCACAGCACACAGCAUGUGGACCCAACGCGUCCACAUGCUGUGCAUGUGAAUUGCGCUAUCAACUUGCGGGCUGAAGCCCCACUCACCAAGCCAAGAAAACAUUUUGACAACAGAAGUAGUCACCAAGGAUAGUCAUCUGAGCCAUGACCUGGCGAUCCUCGAACCGGCUGACUCCCCAACUCCCCUGCCCGACAGGCCUUUCAACUGUGAGCCGCUCAAACCAGAUGUGUCUGAGUGAGCUGUAGCAUUUUUCUCUUCUGUGAUAGGAAUGUGUCCUAUUCCCUGCGUCCAGACUUGUACCGCCACCUGAUGAAGGACAAUGAGAGGGAUAGCGGACAGCGAGGGAGAUGAGCAGACACGUACAGCGUUUCUUUACUACAGAUGCAGAGGUUGAAGUUUCCUAGAUUAGACGACAAGGCAGUUAGUGGGAAAUAAUCUGGUAACUCCAAAAAGUGGAAAAUGCACAUUAAAACUCAUGUUAUGUAAAUAAU